CUACGUCGCAUGUUUAGUUUCCGUGUCGUUGUUGUUGUUCAUGAUUGCUUUUUAUGGUCUUGGCAACAAACAACACAAAAAAAAACGCGACAUUUUAGAAGCAACACUGAAGCAACAUUUCGAUGACGAAUUUAAUGACCUGAAAAACGAAAAAUAUUCACAUAUACUCGUAUAUACGCCAAUCACUUUCACACACUGCUUGGAUGAAAAUUGAAAGAGCAGCGACGGCGACGACGACGACGACGACGACGACGAGGUGGUGGACAAACAAAGAGGAGCAGCGGCGGGAGGGCGCAUUUAUUACAUUUUCAUAAUCAACGAACGACGAGGCAAAGGUGGAAAGAGAAACAAAUCCAAGCCCGUUUCCAAUGAAAAUCGCAUAAUGGCAGCAACACCUGAAUCGUGUGCCGGCGCCCGCGAUUCAAGCGACAUCAUUGCAGAGGCGUUGGAGUCAGUCGCGCAGCCAGCCACGACCGCUGACAUGGCAACCGGGCAGUCCGAAGAGCUGGCAGGCCUGCAUGUGGAGUCGCCCCACGAUACCUCCGCAGACGAAGCCGAUGCUGUUGCUGAUGCCGAUGUCGAUGUCGAUGCCAAUGCUAUGGCCAGCAGCUCACCGACAUCGCCCCAACAAAAGCAAAAUGAGCUGGAGCCACAGUCGCUAGAGCCCCAAUCGUUAGAGCCGCAGUCGUUGGAGCCCAUCUCGAUGGAUGACAUACCCGAACCCAUUAAAGUGCUGGACGACAUCAUUUCCGAAUUUGAGGAGGCAACAACGAAACCAGUGGCCUUGCACAGCAACAGUGGCGAGAAUCAAUCCGAGGACGAUGGCUACAUGAGUCUGAGUCGCAAAAACAUGUCGAAGAAAGACUCCGAGGAUGUGCCACAAACACCCAGCACAGACACGGUGCCCGAAGGCAGUUUCAAUGAAGUCGAUGGCACAGCCGAAAAUCUAACGAAAUUGUCGGAGGCGGAGCAUAGCCAGGAAACAACAACGCCACUCAUACAAACAACGCUGCCCAAGGCACGCAGCGCCAACACUACGCCAGCCACAAACUCCAACUACUCCAGCCUGCCCUGCUGCGGUGCACGCGCCUCGAACUUGGGUGGCGCUUCGUCCGGCCACGCCUCCGGCGCCCUAGCACCCACACGCACCGGUAGCUGUAAUGGGGAGCGCAAUGCGUUGGGCAUCGACAUCAGUGCCGUGCACAAUGCCGUGCUACGCGGCAAUCUGGCCAAGCUCCCCGAGCCCAUGCUCAACGAACAUCCGGUGACCAUCUAUCCAGGACCAUCGGCUAAGGCGGCUGGCGAUGGCGCACGCAGCAAGCGACUACAAAACUCCGUGGAGAAGCACAAGGAGGUGUGCCACAUGCUGAAUCCACAUUCCAAUAGCACCACAUCAUCAUCCGGUUCGCAGCACACAUCAAGCGGCGAGGCUUCGCCCGCUGCGUCCAAUAUAAAUGUGGCGCUGGCGCCCAAGCCUAUCAAACACGAUGACUACUCGGACGACUCGCUGGAAGAGUCCACCAUAUCCACAGACCUGACGCCAGUCAAACAGAACGGUGUCGCCUGGGAGAUACACUUCAAGAGCAAUAGGAAAAAAUCCACCAAGACGGCAAGUGCAACGAGCGGCUCAAAGAAGGCAACAAGCGCAUCGACCAAAAAGCAUCAGGCACGCUCCAAUAACCUUACGGAUUUCAAUAAUAGUUUUGCGUACAACGAGCAGAGCAUGUUAGGCAAGGGCACCUUUGUUAUACGUCGCUCCACGGCCAAGAAGCCACCACGCGCUGCUGAAAUCUUUAGCAUACCAAAGCCACCACGCACCAGUCUGGGCGGAGCUGGAGCCAUAAGCAACGAUUUCUACACAAGCGAUAGUGAGCUCAGCGAAUCAGCCCCACUGCCUCCACCGCCUCCACCCUGUGAGAACUUCGUUUACAAAGAGUGUGAAGCGGCGGCAGCGCAAACGCGUCGCGGCUUAGAAAUCGCGGCAGCUCAGCGAGCCGCUCUGUCGCUGGACAUUGGCAUUGGUAUUAGCGUAGGCGAGACGGAGUUGAACAAACCGGCCAAGACUAAGACGGCCAUGUUGCAGCAACAGCUUAACGAGAAACGUCUGAGCGCCGAGUCCAUGCCGGAUAAUACCUCCAGCUCUGAGGAGUUCGACGAAGCGCGCCUCAAUGGCAAUGGCUAUGAGCUGUUUGCCUACAAUGGCAACCCCUUGCCACCCCAGCCACAGGAGUAUGAUCAUCGUGCUUCCAAUUCUACAACGCCACACACCGAUUUGGCGCCCACACUAGAGGAGGACGAGGAGCUCUCCGAUUUCAGCUACGGCUGUGCGCCACUCAAGCAAAUCGAGCACAAUAUAAGCGCUCUGUUACGCGGCGAUCUGCCAGUCGUGGGUCAGUCCUGCAAUGCAGCCACUGGAGGAGCUGUUUCAGCCGCCGCCGCGGCUGCUGCCGCUGCAGAACUACAUGCCAAGCGCAUACUUGAAUUUCGUCCUGGGGUGCACAAGUCCGAGAGUGCCAAAGAGAUGCUGCUCUCACAGAAUGCCGCUUUUGGACCGUUGCCACCAUCUCCGCCCUCGUCCAAUCCGGAUAUAUUCGACUACGAUGCACCGCUACCGCCAUCGCCGGUGGAUGCGCCGCGUAAGCAGCUAGAGCUACCCACCUCUGUUGCUUCAAUGCCCCCCUAUGCCGGCGGUCCCAAUACGAACACCACCGUUGUUGAGGUGCACGCCACAGCGUCGGGGGCGACGGUAGUUAGCAGCAGCCAUAUGCGACGUAGCCGCGAUAAUGUGGCCGCUGUGCGUCAUUUUAAUGAUGAGCUGCCCGCACCGCCGCCACCUGCGCAUCAAUCCUCCAGCUACGACGUGGUCUUACCAUGCGCGUUGCCGCCGGCAGUACCGCCACAUCGACUGGGCGGUGGCCAUUCAGCCAACACCAUGAAAUCCUGGUCGAUUGACUCGCAGUAUCGCAAGCGUUCGCCAAAACUUUUUGGUUACAGUAGCGGCAGUGGGAUCACAACUCCCACGGGACUCGGUCCCAUGCCACCGCUACCAGCACCGCCCAUGGGCUGCGGCACGACAGGCUCCUGCGAGGGUGGCAGCGGGUCGUAUCAGCGCCGGUACAUCAACUAUGGUACCAAGCGCAGCCUGAAGCAGUCGCCACGCGAGGAGCAUCGCCUGCAAACAUCAUGUAGUCUUCCUGAAACGCCAAUAUUUGCCAGAGGCUGUGACAUACCACGAACGCCAUAUCGUCGCCAAAAUGAGCCUGUGCCCGUGAGCGGCUCACGCACAGCGCCCCGCUCAAGCACAUCGAAUAGCAUUAAUCUGGGGACUUCCAUAGUCGGCAUAGGUGCUGGCACCUAUGGCACAGCGCAGAUCUGCCGGCAGCGUUCCAUCAAUCAUGCCUUAGCCUCGAACGAAAUGUUGCGCAUGACCGGCGCUCCUGCACGCGGCUGGUAUCCAAAGCAGCGCUCUCUCCGUCCGGCCUCUACGGAGAAUAUUGAUCGCUUAGCAUCGGUGCGGGUGUGGGACAAUCCAGCGGGGAUGUCCGGCACAGGUCAGUCCCGGAAACCGCUCACCUUGCCGCCAAAUCUGACGCCUUCCUUUUUGAAUAAGUCGCCUCGUGAGGCGCUGCGUCGUGUGACUAGCUUGCUAAUAACUAAGAAAAAGAAUAACAAGGAACGUAAACACAAGGCCUAUAGCGAUCAACCCAUGGAUGACAGCAAUAACAAGCAUGCCUACGAAUUUGAUACGAUCUCAAUUGUAGGUUCCACCAAGCGUAAGGAGAACAGCAAAUGCAAGGACAAUGGCGCAGGCAGCUCGACCACCAAUCCCAAAGUCAAAAAGAAGGGUCUUUUCAAAACACUAUGGAAACGUACGAAAACCACCUCCCUGGAUCAGUAAUAGGAUCCGUCAGAGGCUUGGACUUCACUAAAGAACUAAAAGCUGCAACACUGCCCCCCAAUAAUUUGGGAUAUGUUUUCUAACGAAAAGAAGCAAAAACGAUUAAUGAUAAUAAUCAUACUUAUAUUAUACAUUUGAACGAAGCCGUGUUGGCUAAAUCACUCUCACCCACUACACCCCUCCCCCCAUUCACAGUCACCACUCACUUAGAACCAUUCACCCGCUCAACACUCUACACUUGUAGUUUGGACUUUUUCUCAUGCUCCUCAUGCAUACGUGCCCGUCACUUUAGAAUUGUCACUUAAAAAUGCAAGCAAUUAUUAUAAACAACACACAAUCUAUCCUAUAUCGGUCAUAAAGUAAAUGAGACAACUAAAAAGAAUUCAAAUGCACAAAGCCGUGAAUCGUAAAGACUGAAAAGAGAGUUAAAAAAAAAAAUUACAAAAAACAAAAAGUAAAAAGAAAUUAUGGAGAAAAAAAUGAUAUAACACAAAAUUUUGCACACCAAACCGGACACAGCAUAACUUACAGGUCUAUACACCACACAUACAUAUAUGUAUCUAUAUUUGGGCGCUUUGUCUACCUUUUAUGGCAGGCCAAAGGGUCCGAAAUACCGGUUUUGAAACAAACUCCCCUUGACCGAACACACAAAAGCACGCAACGUUGAGCAACUUUGAAAAAAAAAAAACCCAAAAAGAAAAGAAAAAAUAACAAAUUUAAUAAUUAUACAAGCACUGAAUUUAUAUAUAACUCUAUAUAGUUCGGAGUAAACUGAACCGUUUAGGGUUCUAAGCGGCAUACUUACUUUAUAUACUUUUUACGAUGAUCGAGAGUAUUGAGUAUGUUUGAAAUUUACAACUAGUUUUCAGCUGGCAAUUGGAAUGGAUUGGAACCGAUGAGAUGAGUUGAGUUGAGUGGGAAGGGCGGUAAGAAAUUGGUUGAUCUAGAGUUAUUUAGAGAACGUAUUUGCAUGCAUCGACUUAUAUGGGGCAGUGCAAUACUUGUACCCUAUGCCUGAACUAAACUUGAGAAUUUUAUUUUUAUUGAAACCGUUUGUUGAGCUCAAUGAGACAGACUUACUAAGAGCAGCAGCUCCCCAGACCCCCAGCACGAGUCAAUAAUUAGAAUCAACAACUUUGCCAUCUUUAGCAAUGCAGUUGCCAUAAAGAAAGUAAAUUAAAUGUUGAUACUUCAAUAAUAGUUGAGGGAGAUAAUUAAUUCAUCAGCCCGCUCUUUUGCUCACCACUUGAAAUAUUUUCAACAACUUGAUAGACAGAAAACAAUAAUAUAUUUUAUUUCUAAAUUUUGAAAAGGGAAAUAAUGAAAUACGCCAAAACGCCCUCCAUAUUUCAAAGAAUAUGUAUUGGAUUAUACAAAAAGCAAAAGCAAAACAAAAAUUUAAGGAAUUUUCAAAAUUAAAUGAUAAACAUUUUUCAUACAAAACUCUAAAAAUAAUAAAAAACUCCCAGCAAAUGCUCAACAUUUACUUUACCAGUGAGCAUUUCGUAAUUUUUACUUUCGAUAUUAACGAUAUCUGAACAGAAAAAAGAAUGCAAUAAAUAAUACAAAAUGAAUGGAAAAUUAUGAAGAAAAGCAACAACUGCAAACGUUUACUAGUCAUUAAAUAUUAAUAAAGUAUUUAUAUAAAUAAUAUGAGAAAUAUUUGCAUAUUAUUUUUUAUUAACAACACAAACACACACUGACAAGCCAAUGCCAAGAGGUCAACAAAUUGGCUACAUUUUAUGAAUGAAAGGCAAGUUGAAAGUAUUAUUAACGAAUUAAUUAUUAUUGUAUGCUAUAGCGCAAGUUGGUAUUUAUUACAAUUAAUUAUAUUUAUAUUAUUGAAUAUAUUUUUAGAAAAGUAGUGAAACAGAAAUAAAACUAAAAACAAUGGCAAUGGCAUUUAUGUGUCGACAGU